UGGUUUUAGAGGUAAGCACUAACAAGCAGCAGCCAGCGGGUACCGGAUUACAAGAUGGCGAGCGUGUGUCGAGACUCGUCCGCGUCGUGAGUUUAUCUGCGACGGCGUGGAUCGCUAUCAGCGAAGAAAAAACAGCGUCGAGUUGAUUGCUACCUGCGGGUGAUGUAAGACAUGUUAUGGCAAUAAUCGCACGCUCGUGGCUGGAAUUGGGUGAAGUGAGAACGGGCCGAUAAACGCUUGUUCAAAGUCAGAAAUACAGAGUGUAUAGUAAGCAACGUACCCCCGCGGUGUGUGAAAACAAACAAACAAUGAGCGACGUGACGAGCAUCGGCGACCCGGGAGGGUUUCCGGAUACCGACCUCGAGGCGAUGCUCGAGGAAAAGAACCAGCUAAUCGCGAGACAAUAUGCAGAAAUAGAAAGGAUUCAGCACGAGCUUACGGACAUCAUCGGUGAACGCGACGCGUUGUUGUGCGAAGUGUCAAAACUCAAGUUUGAACUGGAGAUGGCUGAUUUGAAACGCCUACAGGAUGACAGUUUUCCACAAAAAAUGGAUAGACCAUCGCACAGCGCCAGUCUUGGGCAAGUUCAUGGUGCGGGUUCCCACGGGAUGUAUUCUACCGGAAGUCAGUCGGCGCUCUCUACUUCGUACAUCACAGGACAGUCGUACAUCCAGGGCCAGAAUUAUAUUCACACGUCGUACCCGGCAUCAACGACCCAAGCAUUUCCACAUGCUGGAUACUCGCAACCGCAAAGCUACGGUGCUAUGGUCCAAGGCUAUGGUGGGCAACCUCAGUCAUCUUAUCAGCAGCCACUGCAUAAAAAGGGCUCCGUCAGAAAUGGCGACGUUCUCAAGCGAUGCAGACUUCAAAACCCGUAUGAGCUCUCCCAAGAUCUGCUGGACAAGCAGAUUGAGAUGCUGGAGCGAAAAUACGGUGGUGUGAAAGCUAGAAACGCAGCACUGACAAUCCAGCGAGCGUUUCGCAGGUAUACACUGCUCAAGAAAUUCGCGGCGAUCACAGCAAUGGCCAAAGCAGAAAAACGACUCAGCAGACGUCUGCAGGAGACAGCUGAGAGGCCAGGGAGCGCCACGGACAACGAGAGAAUCGCCUACCACAGUCAAAUAUACAUACAACAAGUCCAAUCGGCAAACAACCGACCAAUGCCCAUCAGAAGUAUGUCGUUGAGGGAAAGAAGGCACAUUGAGAAUUCUCAAUCGUCCGCUCAUAUACCAAGAAGUCAGAGCGGCCGCUGCGAGAUCCAAGCUGGUCCCACUCAAUCCCCAGCCGUGGGGCACCAUCAGAGUAACCACAACCUGCAUCAGAACAGUCACAACGUGCAUCAACUUGGCCGUCACACGCCUUCGCUGAUGCCUAGCCCUUGCGGAAGACAUCAACCUCCUCCGAGCCCGUGUUGGGACUCGAGUUCACAAGGAAGCGGGUCCAGCAUCCAUUACUACAACCCUCAGGAAGCCCUGUGCGGAUUGAGACAGGAUACGCCGCCUAGAGACAUGCAUAGAACUCCGUGCACGUCUCCAUCGACUCCGCAGAACCUUCAGGCCCCGCCGCCUCAGUCAUGGGGCAACAGUUCCCAGCCAGGAUCUGGGAGCAGAGUCAGGAAUUCGGGGAAAAAAGUACCGCCGGAAGUGCCGAAGAGAACGUCCUCGAUAACUUCCAGGUCUAUGGAGGGAAGGCAUAACGGGCUCAGCAAGAGUGUCGAGAAUGGAAGUCUUAGCUCUGUCCAAAGCUCUGGUAGCGACUCGACAAAUUGCGAAAGUUCCGAGGGUGACGCUCACAGAGGUUCGCCGAUAUGGAAACACAAAGGAAUCUCGAGUUCACCCGAACACCAAGAAUGCGGACACAUAACAGAGAGCAGUGGUCCGAUGAGCAGUAUAAAAGAACUAAGUCAUUCGCACGCCAGCUCCGGUUACCAGCUCCCGUUGAUGGAUCACACCGAAGCACCGCCGCAAACAAGUUACAAAGUUUCGGAGACUGUCAGAAAACGCCAGUACAGAGUGGGGCUGAAUUUGUUCAACAAAAAACCGGAGCGGGGUAUCAGCUACCUGAUCAGGCGAGGCUUUUUGGAAAACAGUCCCCAAGGCGUCGCCAGGUUUCUCAUCAGCAGGAAGGGAUUGUCCAAACAGAUGAUCGGGGAGUACCUUGGAAACCUCCAGAAUUCGUUCAACAUGGCUGUCUUAGAGUGCUUCUCUCACGAACUGGAUCUAUCAGGUAUGCAGGUUGACGUAGCCCUUCGUAAAUUCCAAGCAUAUUUCCGCAUGCCCGGCGAGGCACAGAAAAUCGAACGUCUGAUGGAAAUCUACAGCCAACGGUACUGUCAGUGCAACCCUGACGUAGUCGCUCGUCUACGCUCGCCGGAUACGGUGUUCGUAUUGGCGUUUGCUAUAAUAAUGUUGAACACCGAUUUGCACACGCCAAACUUGAAACCCGAGCGAAGAAUGAGACUCGAUGAUUUCAUAAAGAAUCUUCGGGGGAUAGACGACUGCGGAGACAUCGACCGGGACAUACUCGUUGGGAUAUACGAGAGAGUCAAGGCCAACGAGUUCAAACCUGGUUCGGACCAUGUUACCCAAGUGAUGAAGGUCCAGGCAACGAUCGUUGGCAAAAAACCAAACAUGGCUCUGCCGCAUCGUAGACUAGUCUGCUACUGCAGGCUGUACGAAAUACCAGAUAUCCACAAGAAGGAAAGACCUGGCGUUCAUCAGAGAGAAGUAUUCCUCUUCAACGAUCUCCUCGUUGUCACGAAGAUAUUGAGCAAAAAGAAGAGCAGCGUCACUUACACAUUCAGACAGAGUUUCCCACUCUGCGGCAUGGUCGUUACAUUGUUCGAAGUUGCACAUUAUCCUUACGGGAUAAGAUUGUCCCAACGCGUCGACGGUAAGGUGCUUGUGACGUUCAACGCGAGAAACGAACACGACCGAUGCAAGUUUGCGGAGGACUUGAGGGAGUCGAUCAGUGAAAUGGACGAGAUGGAGACACUGAGGAUCGAGACGGAGCUGGAAAGGCAGAAAAGCAGUCGCGGGGCGAGAGGCAGCGCCGAAAAUCGAGACUCCGGUGUUGCAGACGUCGAGGUUUGUCCCUGUCCCGGAACCUGCACCGAAAGAACUGAGGCGGUGGAUCUUGACACGCAGCUGAAGAGGUCCGCGCUGAGUAAUUCUCUGUUGGAUAUCCACGAGCAGUUUGCAGGAGAGAAACCGCAACGGCGUGGAAGCGUUGGCUCGCUGGAUAGCGGUAUGUCUAUUUCUUUUCAAUCUACUUCAGCCAGCUCGAUGAGCCAGGGCGUAAAGAAUCAAAAUCCGGUGCAAGCGCAUCAUCCUGUUCACCCAGGGGCAACUAUCCCUGGGGGUGCUAAGGGUUUGGCUCAGCAGCCAUCUUUUCUAGGAGGUCUUUUCGCCAAACGCGAACGCAAACCGUCGAGAUCUGAAGAUACUGGCCCGUACAGUCGUACUACCGAAGUAUGAACCUUGCAUCUUUGUCCUGUCGAAGGAUCGUACUUUUAAAACACAUCACUUGCUAAAAGCAGGAGUCGAGGCUCGUUCCAACACUUAUAUUCUACACGACAAGUACAUCUUCUGUGGGUUCAGAAUAAUCGGA